AUGGAUGCUAGUGGACAUGCAUCAGAGAAUAAGGAUCUUGAGAAGAAAAGACUCCGAAACCGACUAGCCCAGCGAGCAUUCCGUCGCAGGCAAGCAAACCGUUUGAGAGAACUACGAGACCAGGUUAACUUAGGGGACAAGCCUUACGAUGAAACAAUUAAAAAUUUGCAGGAGGAGAACAGUUGCCUCCGGAAGAAUCUCAUUCAAGUCCAGUCUAAUCUGGCGCGACUGAUUGCCACAAUGCAAAAGAUGUCCAGAACAAUAUCAGAUGCUCUCGGCGAAUCUUCUCAAAAAGAGUCAUCGGAAAGGCAUACCAGUUACCAAGUAUCCGCGAAGCCUGACACACCUAGCAGCUCGUGUGAGGGGUUUGACUUGGGCUUGAAAGACUAUGAACUUGCCGACAUUCAGGACACAAGUAUCAAUGAGGCGCAAAUAAUGGCUAUAUUUGACUAUACACAGACUGAUGACCGUACAACUGGCGCCCUUCUCCUCCCAAAGAAAACUGCCGUGAACUCCAAUCUUGCAAAAGAUGCUGUAGACUUCAACAGCCCGGCUCGGCAAAUACCCAGCAUCUGGAGCUUUGAAUACGGGAUGGGCAUUGAGCCGUAUGCGGAUGCUCUGGCUAGACGUGAAGAUUCCGGCACAAUGCGCGGUCGGAGCUGGAUAGAAACAAACUCUCCAUUCUCCGACCACAUUCAAGUUUUGCAAAGUCUAUUAAAAAGCAAAAUAACACAUAGAAUGCCUCCCGAAGGUCCAACCAUGAACCUCUUCUACAAAGAAGUCCUUGUCAUGCUAUCAUUGUUUAAUAGUAUGAAUCGACCCGAUGUCAUGAGAUGGUAUGCCAAAACUCGGUUCUACCACAUUGUCCAUCUGACUGCUUGGCAAAUAUAUCCCUGCACAAGGACGUUCAACGCAAUCCACCCCCAAUAUCGACCAACAGCUUUACAAAUUCAAAGCGAUUAUCCGAGGACCAUAGAUUGGAUCCCAUUCCAAUCUAUUCGCGACCGACUCAUUCGACUCCAUGCCGCCAAUCCCCUGAUCGAUCAGAUAAUCUGCGAUGCCGUCAGCAGCUAUGUUGUUGAGACGUGCAUGGCGGAUCUAAUCGUGGGCGCCCCUGCUACAAAGGUGUAUAUUAGGGUUACGGAUUUAAUUACGAAUAUCGACGAAGGGGCGUCGCCGAGUGGCGUUGGUGGAAAUGCUGCUUCCCUCCCGGUUCCCGAUGUAGCGACUCUGUUUUCAUCGCCGGCCUGCUCUAAAGCCAUAUUCAAUCUACUCAACGUGGAUCGCGGUGUCUCCAACUACAAGGUCGACCCCGCGUUCUUUUACAAAUUUCCAGAGCUGUAUGACCCUCGGUUUGACAUCGUGGCCAACGGCAUUCCAUUACGACCAGAUGUACAACAUCGACUCUCGUGCCCGAAGCCUCUUACACCUCAGAUAUUUCAAACGUACCGUAACUUUCUUGACUUUUCCUACGAUUCAUCCAUCGGCGCGAAUUUGUUUUCUGAUUGA